AUGGCAGUUCGUAAAUUUACCCAGCCUUCGUCUCUAGAGGAUACUCUCCAGAAAGCAUCCAACAUGUCCAAAGAGGAAGCAACUCGUUCCGAGGAAUCUGCAAGGAACAGCACACAGUCCUAUCCAGCUGAAGCACAAGCUCCCUUAGCAAACCACACCAACCCAAACUCGAGGCCAGGCAUCACCUUUGCCCAUCAGGACAGUCUUCCCAAACUUCCCAUUCCAGAGCUCGACAGCUCAUGCAAAAAAUACCUUGCCGCCCUCAAGCCUCUCCAGACACCCAAAGAGUACAACGACACUGUACAUGCAGUAGAAGACUUUCUAAAAUCCGAUGGCCCGGUCUUGCAAGAAAAGUUGAAGAAGUAUGCUAGUGGAAAAGCCAACUACAUUGAACAGUUUUGGUACGACUCGUAUCUGAAUUUCGAUAACCCAGUCGUACUCAAUCUAAACCCAUUCUUCUUACUGGAAGAUGACCCUACCCCUGCUCGCAACAACCAAGUCACUCGUGCAGCGUCACUAGUCGUCUCGGCGCUUGCUUUUGUCAGAGCCGUCCGUCGAGAGGAGCUACCUCCUGACACCGUCCGUGGACAGCCCCUUUGCAUGUACCAGUACUCACGUUUGUUCGGCACGGCCAGAAUACCAACUGAACAUGGAUGCCAAAUCGGCCAGGACCCAACCUCAAAACACAUCGUUGUCAUGUGCCAUGGCCAAGUUUACUGGUUCGAUGUCAUGGACGACAACCACGAUUUGAUCAUGACGGAAAAGGACAUCGCCCUUAACCUGCAGGUGAUUAUUGAUGAUGCGCAAGAAGUCCCGAUCCAAGAAGCUGCCAAGGGCGCAAUAGGUGUGCUGAGCACAGAAAACCGAAAGGUGUGGGCUGGCCUGCGUGACGUACUGCACAGGGAAGAAGGUUCAAACAAUUCUGAUUGUUUGAACAUUGUUGAUUCCGCUCUGUUCGUACUCUGUCUCGAUUAUACCGAGCCCCAGACUGGCGCGGACCUUUGCAUGAACAUGCUCUGUGGUACAAGCAAGAUUGAGCGCGGAGUGCAGGUUGGCACAUGCACAAACCGUUGGUACGACAAGUUGCAAAUUAUCGUUUGCAAGAACGGAAGCGCAGGUAUCAAUUUUGAACACACUGGUGUUGAUGGCCAUACCGUCCUUCGAUUCGCUUCCGACGUAUAUACCGACACUAUUCUCCGCUUCGCUAGAACCAUCAACGGCAGUGCACCCAGUCUGUGGGCUUCGUCAAGCCCCGACCCUGCGAAGCGAGACCCCGAGAGCUUCGGCGAUGUUCAAACUACGCCUCACAAGCUUGAGUGGGACAUGGUUCCUGAGCUGGGUACGGCUCUGCGUUUCGCCGAGACACGUCUAGCAGACCUUAUCCAGCAGAAUGAGUUCGCUACCCUCGAAUUUCCCCACUAUGGAAAGAACUUUAUGACCUCGAUGGGCUUCUCACCCGAUGCUUUCGUUCAGAUGGCCUUCCAGGCUGCUUACUACGGCUUGUAUGGAAGGAUUGAGUGUGUAUACGAGCCUGCCAUGACUAAGAUCUACUACCAUGGACGAACUGAAGCUAUUCGAUCCGUCACAGAAGAGUCGGUCGAGUUUCUCAAGACAUUUUGGGGCGAAAAUCCCGCGAGUCAAAAGAUUGACGCACUUCGCAAAGCCUGCCAAAAGCACACGGAGAAUACUAAGAUUUGUUCAAAGGCUCAAGGACCAGACAGGCAUUUGUAUGCCCUGUAUUGUAUAUGGCAGCGCGCAAUUGACGAGUCUCAAGAUAUGGCUAGCAGCGACGGCUGGGACUCAACACGACCAUCUAGCCCCGAUGCUUCCGGUGUUGCUUCACCCAACCGUAAUUCGACGCAUUCAGAAAAUGGAUCUAUUUCUAGCUCACCACCUCCUUCCCCAGUACAGCACUCAAUGCCGGCACUGUUCGCAGACGCCGGUUGGGAUAAGAUCAACACGACGAUUCUUUCCACUUCAAAUUGCGGAAACCCUUCUCUCCGUCAAUUUGGUUUCGGUCCCACUUCCGCUGAGGGAUUCGGCAUUGGUUACAUCAUCAAAGACGGCAGCAUCUCCAUUUGUGCAUCCUCUAAGCACCGACAGACGAGCCGCUUUAUCGAUGCACUGGAAUCUUACUUUUUGGAGAUCCGCAAGCUACUACGACAGAUCAAACGCCGUGGUACUUCUACUGACAAGACGGCCACACGCGCGCGCGAGGCAGAAGACAGACCACUGGCUACUCGCCUCAAGAGCAGAGGAAGAAUCAUCCUCGGCGACGGAGCCAAACAACAGACGCCCUCAGAGAGCGUCGCAGAUGAAGAAGAAGACGAUGGUCUAGGUGGAUAUGGCUUCUUCGACGCGGGUAUGCUCCGUCAGGCGCUCAACGCCAAUCGAGCACAAGUCGAACCCGUCGAGCGCGACGUGAUACGCAGGAACAUUGGGAGGAGGUUGAGACUGGCCGAGUACUAG